UGACGCGAGAAAGAGGAUGUGGCUGGUUCUGACCGUGGCGGCCGUAGCAGCCGCAGCAGCAGCAGCAGACGCCGGCCAAAGAACCUAGGGACGUUUCUGUCGCGCUGCAUGCUGGGAGACAAUGGACUAAGUGGGAGUUGGGCUGGACCAAGGCGCUUUUGGAGUGGGGGGGACAUCUCUCUGGAGUGAAGGAGACAGAGGAGAGCGCGGGUCGGCGGAGAGCGGGGGUUCCAGAUGGAUUCGCCCUGAUGGCGGUUGCCGCGGGAGGCCCCGAGUAACCCUCCUAGCCCCGUCUGGCCUGGCCAUGCCCUGCCCAGCUGCCCCUGCAGGAGGCCUGAGGUGCAAAGUAACCUUCAUAAAAGACUGAACCAUGGAACCAGAUAUCAUCCGAAUGUAUUCUUCAUCACCACCACCACUAGAUAAUGGAGCAGAGGAGGAGGAUGAAGAUGAGUUUGGUGAUUUUGGUGGGUUUUCCGAUGCUGGAAGUACUGGAGCCUUUGACUUUGCAUCAGAUUACUCCAGUUCAAAGGAAGAACAUAAACCUUCAUGUAACUCUGAUUACUCAGGCAGUGUAGAUGGUAUUAUAGCUUUUACCACUGUUAAAGAGUUUCCUCUUGAUAGUAACAAAGAAAAAUGUGAGUGUAGAAGUUUGAGUACAUCACUUGAUGAUAUUUAUGCGGAAGAAGUUAAGAGAACUGGAAAAUUAGAGUCAUCAUACUCUGAAAUUAUUAGGACUGAUAAGAAAGUUCCAAGUCAGGACCACCAAGUAGACAGCUGUAAUGGUGAGAAACAGCCAUGUCCAGAAGUUCUAACAAAUGGGUUUGCAGCACUGGACACGGCAAAUUCUCAGGAAGCUGAAGAUACAGAUGGUAUCAGUGACUCAAAGGGAUUAAAAAUAAUUAGCACUAAUAGCUCUGAAUUAAGUUUGGAGUCUAUACCCAUCACAGCAGAGGAAUUUGCAGACUUUGCCACGUUCUCAAAUAAGCAAACGAGCCUGGUUGACGAAACAGGAAAUAAAAUAUGCACAAAUUCUAGUGAAAGAGAAGCGCUUUGUGUACAGGAAAGCAAUAUUAUAAACGGUGAGGGGGAAUCUAUGAAGGAAGCAACUUCAGAGAGAAGCUGUGAAUAUGGACAGAUUUGCAUUUCAAAAAUUAAUUUAGCGCUCAGUGAAGACUUCAAGGCUAAAGAGGACUGCACAUCACUCGAACAUAAUGCCUUUAUUUCUUCCAUACACACAACUGUGAAUUCAGUAGGCACAACUGAAAGUAUUGGAGGAAGAGAGGAGUGUGACACUGGAAAUAGUAAAGAACAUACCUUUUUAAGGACCAAUGAUAAUGCAGAUACAUUAAGCCUUAAUGUAGGUGGAGUUCAAAGUCUUGGCUCUCAUCCUACAGAAGAGAACGGAUAUGUUUCCGAAAUAGUUAAGAAUGGUGAAAGUGACAUUGGGCAUGUGUCAUGCAGUGGUUUAAAUGAAGAUGAUUUUGGUGACUUUGGCACAGUCAGCAAUGGAUCCCUUGCUUUUACUCAAGUUUCUGCCAGCCAAGAACACUUUCAUAGCCCUUCUGAAGACACCAGUAAAAGAAGUAAUGCAUGUGGUGACUUCACAGAUAAAAGUGAUGUUCAUCCACGAUCAUCAAAGGGGGCUCCUCAAUCAAAAGAGAUUUCAAACAAGGAGGAAUGUUGCACAGAUGAUGCUGGUUCUAGCAUGACAGUUCAGCCUCUUGCAGAAUUGGAAAAGGGAAAUGACAGUGAGUUUGGAGACUUUGGCUUAGGGGUAAAAAGGUUUCCAGACUCUGAUGAGUUUUCAGCCUUCAGUUCUGCUGGUUGUAACCAAGCUACAGAGUGGAAUGCUUUUGAGGCUGAGCAAAAAGAGAGCUGCUUGUGGGCUGCUUUUGAAGAUGAGCAGGUGGUGGAACCUCAUCCCAGAAAAGAUGUGUGGCCAUCAGAUAGGACAGGCACAACUUUUGAUGAUGAAGAUUCAGUGACUCAUACACCCAACAGUGUUUCUGUAGCAUCUUUGCAUGGAACCAGUAGUGGGAAGUUGCAGGACUUGCCGGCUUCAGCUCGGACAAAGCUGCUAAGUCGUCUAGAACGAAUAUUUGAAGCCUGUUUUCCUCCUGUAACUGUCUCUGAAAUGGAAGAGGAGAUUGCUCCUUUAAAUCUCUUGUUGGAAAUGGGUAAUAAACCUGGGAGGACAGAGGAGAUCUUGUCACAAAGGGAACUGCUAGAUGUGUGGACAAAGCUUCAGGAUAUCCACGAUGCAUAUGGAUUGAAAUAUCAGUGGGGUGGCUCCCUCAGCAACAAAAAACUCCUCUGCUCUCUGGGAAUCGACACAAGAAACAUCCUCUUUACAGGUAACAAGAAGCAACCUGUUAUAGUGCCCAUGUAUGCAGCAGGAUUGGGUAUGUUAGAGCCUACAAAGGAACCCCUGAAACCAAUAUCUGCUGCAGAGAAAAUAGCUUCCAUAGGACAGACUCCACUUGCAUCACCAGAGAUGAAUAUAUGUACAACUGAUCAGUUCCAGGAAUCUCUACCACCUGUCCAGUUUGACUGGAGUAGCAGUGGCCUUACUAACCCUUUAGAUGCUAGUGGAGGUUCCACUCUUCUGAACCUUGAUUUCUUUGGGCCCGUGGAUGACAGUAGCUCUAGCACCACCACCACCAUCCCAGGUGUGGAUCCAGAACUGUAUGAGUUGACAACUUCCAAGCUGGAAACCUCCAACUCCACCAGUAAAGUGACUGAUGCAUUCGCAAAGCUAAUGUCCACAGUAGAGAAAGCAAGCACAUCAGCAAGAAAGCCCAAAAAGGAAGAACAACUCAGUGAAGAGGCUGCCAAGGUGAUUUCUAGCCUACCUGACUUAUCUUUCAUGCAUGCCAAGGUGUUGAUGUUCCCAGCCACAUUAACACCUUCAAGAAGUUGCCAAGGCAAGGUAGACUAAGGUGAAGUGAAUUGGACAAUUUCCAUUGAUUCUUGCCCUAGCCCCCCUUUCUGGGUCCUAUGAAGUGAUCUUGCUUCAAUUAAAAAUAAUUCAAGUUCAGAUGAUUUGUUGGUAAGCAGCACUAGAAAGGUAUACAUACUUAUGUAUAUUUAUUUACAUAUUGGAGUCCUAAAUUUAUAUUAGACAAAUGUAAAUAACUGGAGAGGAUUGAACCUUUUUUGAAGAUUUAUCCUUUUUUGUUGUGUUGGGGUGUAACCAUUUUGUCUUUGUGGAAUACACUGGUAGUGUCCUUACAAAACUUUCUAAACAAUUUUUAAAAAUUGAAAUUUCCAACUUUUGCUCUUCAUGAAAUUUCCCUUUGCCCACCCCCCACCCCACCCAAUUUAAUAACGUACCCUUGAUGAAAAUCCUUUUACUGAAAGCUUUAAAGCUUAUGAUCUUUCAGUAGUCUUCUUUUAAGCAAGCUGAACCUUCUCUUAUUCUUCAUCUCAAGUGGCUCUUUUCUUUUUCUUUUUUGAAGGGGUGGGAUGGGGCUACGUGGUUGAUUUUUUUAUUUAUUUCUUAACUUUUUGACUUCUAACAGUGUGGAUUCAUCAUCAUUGCCUUUCAAGAGGUUUGCUGUCAAUUCUCUUUAGUUAAGUGAUCACUGCCUAAGCACUUGAUUCUCGAGAUCUAUGUGUUAAUCAAUUUGGUUUGGGAUGGAAGGACCAAAACUGUCUAAAUGUCUUACACUGAAAUAUACCUGUUACAUUUUUUUGUUAUUGUACCACUAUCCCUAUAUUUUGAUUUUGCACAGUGUAAAUUUGACAUAAUCAUAGAUUGCUAUGGUUUAGGCUGUAUGUACAGUAAAACUAUGGGUUGUAAAUGUUGGGGAAAUUCCUAUGGAAAAAAGAGAAUGCUAUGUAGAACAACCUCUAACAAGGUUUAUGUGCAUGCCUGAGGUCUUUUUGAAAUUUCAGUGUAUAAAUUUCCUCUUAGCUUACACAAAAUAAAAAAUAAAGUUAUAUAGUCUGUUAACGUGUGUAGUAAUAUUGUUUUUCUUCCUACUUUUACAGUACUGCCAAAGGCAGUAGGAAUAUCGCUUUUUCAGAGAGAAAAAGUCUACUUGCAGAAUAUUAACUCUGUACCUUAGCAAAAAGCACAGGGUUGGGGGUUUUUAAGAGCCAAUGCAUUUUUUUGGUUAACGCAUGUAGGAAUGUGUUCCUUCUGUUGUACCAAAGUUGUCUGGAAAACCAUUUGGGCCAUGGCUGGAGUUCAUACUGGAAGCUCACAAGAGUCUCUUCCUAGUUAGUCGGGAUAGGUCAAAGAGGUUGGUAGUCACUUGUAGGUUGCUCACCGACUUCAAAACUCUUCACAUAAGGGGCACACUCAUUGUGACAUACAGUAUAAUCUAUAACACUUCCGCCUUCUGCAGAGAAAAAGGUAAGGUUCCCUGCUAACUUUUUCUAUCCAGUGCCAUUACAAAUACCCUUUCAUAGAAGAGCAGUGCUUUGUAGUUUCUCAUUUUGCCUUUCCCCCUCUGAACGCUUCCUAAAAACCCAGACACAUAGUGAUGAGUUAUAGUUAUGCUUCAAGGCAGUUCAGGCAAAAACAUUCCUUUUCCUUUUUAAACCAGGCAUUUGACUUUUAACAAUCUAUGGCCUUUUAGAGUGGGUGGAGUGUUUUAAUGUGUUUUUUUUCUCCUGGUUUUAACGUAUGCAUUUUUUAAAAGUUGUUUUGUAAGUUGCUUUGAAUUGUUGUGGUAUAAAAAGAGCUACUGAUACAUUUAAUUUAUAAUUAUUAUACUUUGUUCUGUCUUAACACCAUAUUCUCUAUAGCAGGGGUAGGGAACCUAAGGCCUGUGGGCCAGAUGUGGCCCAAUUGCCUUCACAGUCCGGCCCAUGGACGGUCCGGGAAUCAGUGUGUUUUUACAUGAGUAGAAUGUGUCCUUUUAUUUAAAAUGCAUCUCUGGGUUAUUUGUAGGGCAUAGGAAUUCAUCCCCCCCCAAAAAAAAAUAGUCCGGCCCACCACAUGGUCUGAGGGACAGUGGACCGACCCACAGCUGAAAAAGGUUGCUGACUUCUGCUCUAUAGUGUUGAUUGCUUCUCAAUAUGGAAUGAAAUUUUUGGUCGAUAUUUUGCAUUAACAAUGUCUUUUAAAGAUAUUAACUCUCUUAAAUAUACAGGCACAGCCUUCUGAAUGCCAAUAACAGUAACAUCAGAUCAUCUUACUGUAUUUAUAAGUAUUCUUUCCAUUGCAUCUCUUUCUUGUGUCCCAAAUUGUUUUGCCUCUUCAUACUCGCACCAACUGUGAAAAUAGCUGCCCACAUAAGCCACAUUUUCUAAUAAGUUGUGGCCAGUAGGGCAGUGUUAAUACAAAGCCACUACGCAAUGCUGAACUCACUCUUGUAAAAAGCCCACCUGCUUUAACAAUUUGUAGAAUAUAUUCUCUAUAAAGCUGAUACAAUUCAUUAGUAAUAAUGUUUUCUAGCCUCGAACAUCCUUACAACUAUUUUUCUUUCUUCCCACUUCUAACAACAUGUGCUGCAUAGUAAAAAUAAGUGCUUUUGUUUCUGUGCCCUAAAAUACUUGGUAAAAAAGAAUUCACCCUAGUGGUAUAGCUGCAGAAAAGAGCUAUAUAGCUAUUGUCUCAGGACGGUGGUUAGUAGACAAGGCUGGUAGGAUAAGCUAUUGAAGGCUUUCCAGGAGGGGGAUGGAGUAGGAAUGCCAGCUGCAAGCUGAGAGCUUCUGUCUUCACACAAUUGCCCUUACUGGCAGCUGCCCAUUUGUCUUGAUGUGCAAGGGCUGGUGCUCCAACAGAAACAGGAAAGAGAUGAGGAGAAGGAGGUUGUCUGAUAACUAAUGUUCAAAGUUAGUAAAGGUUAGUAAAGGUAAAGGGACCCCUGACCAUUAGGUCCAGUCGUGACCGACUCUGGGGUUGUGGCGCUUAUCUCGCGUUAUUGGCUGAGGGAGCCGGCGUACAGCUUCCAGGUCAUGUGGCCAGCAUGACAAAGCCGCUUCUGGUGAACCAGAGCAGCACACGGAAACGCCAUUUACCUUCCCGCUAUAGUGGUACCUACUUAUCUACUUGCACUUUGACGUGCUUUCGAACUGCUAGGUUGGCAGGAGCUGGGACCAAGCAACGGGAGCUCACCCCGUCGCAGGGAUUCGAACCGCUGACCUUCUGAUUGGCAAGCCCUAGGCUCUGUGGUUUAACCCACAGCUAGUUAGCUAUCCUUUUUAUCAUAAGUCUUCUUUUUUGUAGUUAACUUUCCUCACUCUGUCCCCGAUAGGACAGAAAUCAUGGUCAAAGUGUCCAUUUGUUUUAAGCUUGGUUACAGGCUCUCUGUUUUAUAGAGAAAGUUUCUUCUUACGCAGAUUCUCUCUUUCUCUCUGUUCAAUAUGUAUAAUAUACAGAAAGAGUGAAAGUGGUAUAGAACAGUGAUGGGCAACUCAAUCCAGCCCAAUUCCAUAACCACCUUUGCCAUACAGCUCAUGUGCUAUUUUGCAUUCAAAUGGGGUCAAGGCUCUUUACUGUAGAUGGGAGCUAAGACCUUCAGAAACCUCUACUUACCGGUACUGUGCCCACAAGCACUAAUUUUCUUCUGCUGUAGGAACUGCUAAUAUUACAUCAAGCUCCAUGUGAUGUUUCUGUUGGUUGGCAAGCAAAAAAAAAUAUGUAUAUGAAAAGGAGAAUUCCAGAUUGCCAAGAUCCAAGUUUGGGGCAAUUCCUCUUUGGUGAGAUAACCCCAGCAGAGAUUUAAAUUCUCAAAAUAUGCAGCAACGUAAAGCAUGCAAAUGUAGGCUGUUAUGCCUUUCUAUGUUCCUUCCAAAGUUCUCUCUCUUCCCCUAGCAUGGAAAAAGACUACAUGUUUGGUAAGUUAAGAAUGGCUUACUUACAAACUGCUCAAAGGUCUGGUUCAUGUGCUCAGUUAGGCAGUAAAACGUGGCUUCGUUACAGUGGUGAAAGUUCCUAAAUUGGCAUAGGUACUCAAGGAAGGCUUGUUAGAGCCAUGCAGUCUGAACUUGGAGCAACCAUCUCAAACCCUUUUACACACUGCACUUCUCUGGUAGACUGAAGGGGAACAAUAGGCUUGACUAGCUUCAUCUCAAGGUGAGGGGUUAUGAUUUAGCUAUGCCUAUGGUGUAAACGAAGUUUCUGUGUGCUGCUCUGGUUUGCCAGAAGCGGCUUAGUCAUGCUGGCCACAUGACCUGGAAGCUGCCGGCUCCCUCGGCCUAUAGAGCGAGAUGAGCGUGCAACCGCAGAGUCGUCCGCGACUGGACCUAACGGUCAGGGGUACCUUUACCUUUAUGGUGUUAACCCCUUUUUAUAGACUUAAGCAUGUUGGUUAUAUGAGGCUAGUUAUCCCACAGUUUCCCAUGUCUGUUCCUCCACGGGGGAGAGAGAAAAAACUUUGAGGGAUAAUUUUUAGUGAAUGGAAUCAUAAAAAGGAAAAGAAUUGAGCAGGUCCUCUCCCUGCCACUCAUUCCCUUCACUCCUAGCUGCCAAAACUGCUUUGCCAGGGUGGGAUAAAAUAAGGAGUGGGAAGGAAAGAAUCAUCUGAACCUCAGGUAUACCUUCCUCCCCUUUAGAACACCUCAACUGCUCACUUGCAUUUCCCUUUUUCUUGACACACUCACAGAAGUGAUAAUGGGAGGACUCUACCAGUCAGUCCUUGUGCCUUGUGCUAUCCAGAAGUAGCUAAGGAGAAAAGUCCUUGCUGCUAACACUACUACCGUAGUAACUUUUAAGGAACAGUGCCACCUAGAGACUGUAUCAGAAUAUAUUGAGCUAGCCUGCACUUGAUUAACUUUAAGGUUGCCAGUGGAGAGUUCAUUAGAGUAUACAAAUUAAUAUCCCUUUCCUAUGUGCAGCUACCAUUCAGUGGAACGUGCCCUACAUUAUUUGUCUUCAAAAUCUGAUGUUUUAAGGUUUCGUGCACAUGGAACAGUAGUACACCCUUCUUGGAAUACUUAUUAUGGUAGAAACGGUAUGGCUUUACUUCUUUCUUGGUGUAAUAUAUACAUUAACAACAUGUGAAGUUGUGUUCUGCCUUAAUUCACUUUAUAACCUCGGAGUUUGAUGAUUUUUAAUUUCAGCAUUACUACCAAGGAACAUGGUGCUGCAGAAACAGAAUGUCUGCUCAAAUGUGGCUACUGUACGUACAGUCAAUUUAGUGACUCUUUUGGGGGCUUUCUUUUAUAAACAGUACAUUUGUCACUAUCACUAUAUUGACUAUUCUCUAUAAUAGUAAAGCACUUUUAAACACACCAAGCACUUUCCAAGCACCAAGCACAUGGUUUGCAAAGCUCCUUGCUCAGAGCUUCCCAGUUGCCUGACAACCAGCUGACUGCCAGGCAUUUUGGAAGCACAACACAUUGACCCAUGUCAAUCACCAGAUGUCAGAUAAUUGACUGCUUUGUGCUCCUGCUCACUUUUGAAAGUUGGCUUGUAGGGCUGGCUUGACCGCUAAGCCAAAAACGUUUCCUACCCCAUUUACUGCAGCGAAUUAUGUGUAACUAGUUCAUUUUGUGCAAUCCGCCUCAAGACAUGCAAACAAGAUUACAUAAUUCUGCCAAUUUUAUGGAUAACGGAAAUAUUCCUAUAUCAAAGAAAUAUGUCUCAUUUUUCUGUAUUAAGAAAUGGAACAAUCAGACCGUUUUACUUCGUCGUUUUUUAAAAUAAAAUAAUAAUUUAUGCUGCUUGCUACACAGAACAAAAGAGGGAUGGGAGUGUUCUUAACUAGCAACACAUCUUCACUGGGAAUUUGCAAUGUAAUUUUUGCAGAUUAAUAAAAUUAGACAUGUGGUUCUGUUCAGCUUUAUUAGAUUCUUCUUUCUCUUGUUUGUUCUUCACUUCUGCCUCAUUUAUUUUAAUCCUUUGUGGCUUGCCUACAGUAAUCUUCCUACUCCCAGUUGGUUUGUGCUUAUGUCACUAUAGUUUGGCCACUGGAACCAUUCAGGGGUGGUUUGGCCCUGUCUGCAGCUAUACUGCACUUAACAGAAAUCUCCUUUAUAUAAAAGGGCUUGGAACUAGUCAUACAUUGCUCCUCUGAAUGGGUUGCUGCAAGCCUGUAGCCAAAGCAUACAGCUUUCAGUCCUCACUCUUCCUCAAAUAUUACACAAUAAUGUAUUUGGAUCAGGCUAGAGAUGUACGGUCUGUCCUUGGUUCCCACUAGAUUGACUCAGAAACAAGAUGAGCUGUUUACUCCAAAAUCGGUAAGUAAUUCCCGAACCAAUUGGGACAGCUCCUGAUAGCAGCCUACAAGAAAGCAAAGCUGCUUUGAAGAGCUGCCUUUGGGAAAACUGGAGGUGGUUCCCUGUGAGGUUGGGCUACUAUCGCUCCCCAGCAUUAAACAUAGGACCUUCUGCAAGCAAAGCAGAUGGUCUACCGCUGACCUAUGGCCUUUUUCAAAACAGUUCCCUAGCAAAGCCAUUGAGUAACAUUUUCUUAAGGAGCUGCUUUGAAAAAGGCCAUAGGUCAGCGGUAGACCAUCUGCUUUGCUUGCAGAAGGUCCUAUGUUUAAUGCUCCACAUCUUUAGGUAGGGCCAGGAAAGACCCCUGCGUGGAAUCCUGGAGAGCAGCUUCAAGUUAGUGAAUACAACACUUCGCUAGAUGGACUAAUCGUCUGGCUCAUUCUAAGGCAGCUGCCCCAUGGAAAACUAAGGCUACAUCUGUGCCAUACCUUUAAACAGCCACUAUAUUACUUUAAGUAAUGGUUUCCCCAAAGAAUCCUGGGAACUAGUUUGUUAAGGGUGCUGAGAGUUGUAAGGGGACCUGUAUUUCACUGAGCUACAAUUCUUCAAGUGGCUUAACCAUCAGUCUUUAUUUCCAUGGAAUUCUGGAAACUGGCUUUGUGAGGGAAAUAGAGAUCUCCUAACAACUCUCAUCACACUUAACAUACUACAGGUCCCAGGAUUCUUUGGGAGAAGCCAUGACUGUUAAAGUAGCAUGAUAGUGAUUUAAAUGCACAGUGAGGAUGUGGCCUCAGGCUGGGGAGCAAGAGUCCACCUUCACUCCAUGGGGUAGUCUGCACAAGUGGUCUUUUGUCAUCCAGCUCCAACUUUAGCUAAUUCUUCAGACCAAGUUUUAAUUCAGGGUAGAAGAGAAUUCAGAGACUUCUAAUGCUGGUGUCUUGUUUGGGGUUUAGCAUUAUCAAAUGCCUAAAACUAAUAGCCUUGGCUUAGCACCACUUGAUCAGACUAAGAAUCCAUCUAUUCAAGCACUCUGUCUCUAAAGGUGGCCAGUUAGAGGCCUCUGUAUAUUCACAAAAGGGGCAUAAGGCUGGUGACUAUUCUAUUUGCAAGCAUCUGGUAGCUUGAGGUAAACUACCUUGGUACAUGGAGAUUCUACAUACCUAUGGUAAGAACCGUCGGUAGACCUAGCCUCCGUAAGCUUUUCUGAACUUUAAAAAGCCAUCAAGUUUAGCUUCAAAAAAUGGCAGAGUUCUCCUCCAUGGAGGAGACUCGCCAGAGUGGUGCAUGCUCUAGUUAUCUCUCGCUUGGACUACUGCAAUGCGCUCUAUGUGGGGCUACCUUUGAAGGUGACCUGGAAACUACAACUAAUCCAGAAUGCGGUAGCUAGACUGGUGACUGGGAGCAACCGCCGAGACCACAUAACACUGAUCUUGAAAGACCUACAUUGGCUCCCAGUACGUUUCCGAGCACAAUUCAAAGUGUUGGUGUUGACCUUUAAAGCCCUAAACGGCCUCGGUCCAGUAUACCUGAAAGAGCGUCUCCACCCCCAUCGUUCUGCUCAGACACUGAGGUCCAGUGCCGAGGGCCUUCUGGCAGUUUCCUCGCUGCGAGAAGCCAAGUUCAGGAACCAGGCAGAGGGCCUUCUCGGUAGUGGCUCCCGCCCUGUGGAAUGCCCUCCCACCAGAUGUCAAAGAGAAAAACAACUGCCAGACUUUUAGAGGACAUCUGAAGGCAGCCCUGUGUAGGGAAGCUUUUAAUGUUUUAUAGAUUAUUGUAUUUUUAUACUUCUGCUGGAAGCCACCCAGAGUGGCUGGGGAAACCCAGCCAGAUGGGUGGUGUAUAAAUAAUAAAUUAUUAUUAUUAUUAUUAUUAUUAUUAUUAUUAUUAUUAUAUGGGCACAUGCAGCUUCACUAGACUGCUAGUCCAAAGAAUAAAUGCAGCAGCUGAGUUUAAACUUGGCAGCAGCACCUCCUGCAGCACCCAUAAAGUAAUGAUCUGCGUCAAGUGCAAGCUGACCAUAAAUGGUCCUGGAUAUCACCAGUGCCUGCUUGUAGCAAGGCCAGUAACCCAAUUUGUAAUCGGCAUGUACCUUCCCCCCCCUCUGUCCCAUACCAAAUGUAAUGGGUGCUCCCUAUGGAGGAUUGUAUGGGAGGUGGGUGGUGCUGUGGUCUAAACCACCACUUGGGCUUGCCGAUCAAAAGGUUGGCUGUUCGAAUCCCUGCGAUGGGGUGAGCUCCCAUUGCUCGGUCCCAGCUCCUGCCAACCUAGCAGUUCGAAAGCAUGCCAGUGCAAGUAGAUAAAUAGGUACUGCUCCGGCGGGAAGUUAAACAGCGUUUCUGUGCGCUGCUCUGGUGUCAAGUGUUCCAUUGUGCCAGAAGCGGUUUAGUCAUGCUGGCCACAUGACCCAGAAAAACUAUCUGUGGACAAAUGCCGGCUCCCUCGGCUUGUAAAGCGAGAUGAGUGCCACAACCCUGGAGUCGUUUGUGGUCCCUUUAUGGAGGAUUGUAUGCUCAAUUCUUCUCUCUCCUUCCUUUGUGGAAGAAUCAAGCUGCUCUUUAAAGCAAUCCAAUCCACUCUCCAUGGAUGGUGGAGGGGAAGCGUGCUCACCUGCUCCACAGGGAAAGCAAACAGCUUGAGGGGUGAAUGAAAGUGGGCUUUAACUAAAUCAGCCUGCAACAGUGGCUUUAGCAAGAGUUUUCUUUCUUGUUUUUUCCAGCAUGUGAUCAUGUAACAGGACUGGAAAUGGUUGUCUCCAUUGUGAAUAGCUUGUUAACAUGGACAAUAAAUUAUCCCUUCGCUCAGCCUACACGGAAAUAGUUUAAAAGAGAGAGACAGUCUGACAAUCCAGCUGCUGGUCUGCAUGUGGCAUCUCAGAACUGUUGUGAAGGUGGCAGAGUAAAGGCUGGAAUUCUGACAAACCCAGCCAGCCAUUUCUGUCAUCAAGCACUUUAGCUUUCUCUCCUCUCCUCUCCUCUUCCUUUCUCCUUUCCUUUCCUGCCCAGCAACUUCCUCUUGACUGGAAGAAAGAAAGUGAUGGGGGAGAGGAGACCAAAGCUGCAGGCUGGAAGUGUGAGCCUGUGUAUCAGGAAGGCUGGAUUUUCAUACAAGAAGCUAUUCCUCCUUAGAUUCUGGAGCUGUAAGCCCAGUGAGUGAAAGAGAGCUCCAUGGACGAGGUGAAUGUGAUCUGGAAGUUCAGCAGGAACUUUCAGUUCAAGCUUCUAGUUCUAGUACCUAAUUAAAAACUUAAAAAUUGAAUCCCUGCAACUUGUGGAGGGGGCCCAUGUGUUUCCAUUAUGAGGCAAGCCAAGCUUGUACAAUUGACACCCCUUGCUAUGAUUACUUCCUUGGAUCCUAUUGAAAUUAUGCAAUAGAUAGGACUCCCUUCCAUAGCUGCCAAGUUUUCCCUUUUCUCACGAGGAAGCCUAUUCAGCAUAAGGGAAAAUCCCUUAAAAAAGGGAUAACUUGGCAGCUAUGCUCCCUUCCUUUUCACUAAAUGCACCAUUACCCAAGGAAAGGUAAUGUAGAUAGGGAUCUCAGUUCAGGAAAAUGUUGUCGUUGUUGUUUAGUCGUUUAGUCGUGUCCGACUCUUCGUGACCCCAUGGACCAUAGCACGCCAGGCACUCCUGUCUUGCACUGCCUCCCGCAGUUUGGUCAAACUCAUGUUCGUAGCUUCGAGAACACUGUCCAACCAUCUUGUCCUCUGACGUCCCCUUCUCCUAGUGCCCUCAAUCUUUCCCAACAUCAGGGUCUUUUCCAAGGAUUCUUCUCUUCUCAUGAGGCGGCCAAAGUAUUGGAGCCUCAGCUUCACGAUCUGUCCUUCCAGGGAGCACUCAGGGCUGAUUUCCUUAAGAAUGGAUAGGUUUGAUCUUCUUGCAGUCCAUGGGACUCUCAAGAGUCUCCUCCAGCA